ACGAGACGAUCUUUGUUUGUUUUAUUUCGCGGUCACUGCACCGACAGCUCAGUUGAACUUCGCUGCUCAGGGACCUGAAAGAACCGCUUUAUCUUUUAAAUUCAUUUUAAACCGUCUCUCAUCAGACUUUACAGAUUAUUAACGUAUUGACAUCGAAAUACACGCUUCUGUUCUGUGUUCACACGUUUAGCGGUCUGCUAGCUGCUGUUAGCUGCUAUUAGCUGCUAUUAGCUACUGCUAGCUACUAUUAGCUACUGUUAACCGCGGUUAGCUAGCGAGCCACAGGUGCGCAGGUGAAGAAGAGGAAAGGUUGAGACAUCUUGGGAGGAUGAAGCCGCAGAGACACUGAGCACACGAGCAGGCAACAUGAACCAGGAAGUGGCUUUUGCAAAGUUGAAGAAGGAUGUUCGCUCCUUGCUCAUUUCGUCCAAGCUGGGCCUGGACCCUGAUAAGCUCAGGCGGGACUUUACUGCGAUGUUGGGCUAUCCCAUGCCCCUGAAACUCCUGGGCUUCAGAAACGUCAUGGACAUGGCGAAGGAGAUGCCCGACGUGGUGUCUAUCAACUUCAACCCAGAUGGUGGAAUAUUCUUAAAGGCUGUAAGCGAUGAGUCCACGUCGGAAAUUGAGGCGCUGGUAGCCAAGCAGCGCACGACUAAGACGGACAAGAAAUUUAGCAGGGGUGGUGUCGGCUACUUAUCGAACCGCUACCAUCACCAUUCCCCCCCUGUGAUGCUUCCUCGAAGAGGUCAUGCUCCUCCAGCUCUCCCUGCCCAGCUCAGGGCACAGUUCCGCCUCCUGCUCUCCCAGGGUCCUCUCAGGUUAUCUGACCUGGAGGUCAGCUUCCUGCGCUGCUUUGGCCACCCCCUGCGUGUCCACAACUAUGGCUUCUACUCCACCGGAGAGAUGCUGGAGGCAGCAGCAGACCUCGUCCAAAUCCAGCAAGGCCGGCUGGGCUCAGUUCUGACCCUGAGGCAACACAUGCUACCCAGGACACUGGUCAGACCGUGCAAUACACCAAGGAGAACUGGACAUGUGAAGCCACAGUCACCUAGAACUGACAAGCCAGCACCUAAAGGGCCAGGCACCAUUGCUCAGACAGCCUCAAUACUCCCAGCUCCAGUCCCAGUGAAGCAGAGUCCUUUGAACCAGUUGUCUGCGGAGACUACUUUGGUCCGUGUCUGUCAAGAGUCAAUAACUGUCAGUAACAAGCCAAACAAGGUUGAGAUGAACCACAAAGCUGAAGACGAGCUCUGCCAGGAAGAUCAACUCUUUCAGAAACGUGUUCUCAAGCUGGAAGAGGAGCUUCGUCAAAGAAUCCUGGAGAAUGGAGUAGCUGGCACCAUUAGUCAGGAGCUGAAGGACAAGUUGCGAAAGGUUGUACAUCAGACCUGUGGAGGGUUAUCGGUGCACAAUCUGCCUGCAGAGUAUAAGAGGCUCUUUGGUGAGGAGCUGCCGCUGCUACAGAAUGGCUUUGUCAGUGUCACAGAACUGGUCGGUGCCAUGAGUGACACCUUGCACCUCAAACCUGCAGGGGGUGACGACGGACCCCACUGGAUAGUUAUGGACAUCCAUGACAAUGAAAGCACACAAUCAGACUCAAAGGAAACUGACAGUACAAGCUACUACUUGAACGGUGGAGAGUCUCCUUGGGAAGGCAAACUGGAAGGAGACAACCAUGAGAUCACAGCCGAUUACAAGAAUGAGAAGCUAGAGACUAGUAACAUUUCCAAGACCCAAGAAAUGAGGUCUGAGAUUUACCCUGUCAUUCAGGUGCAUUGCAGCCCUGCUGUGCCCCUGGAUGCUCUGCAGAGUCAGCGUCUCAAACCGCCAAUGCGCCGUCAAGCUCAAGAGCAUCUACAAGCCCUGGUGGAACAUGUAGAGUCGCCAGGACAUUUCUACAUCCGCUUCAGCAACAGCAAAGAGGCACAGGCUAUGGAGGACAUGAUGAUUGAGAUGAGACGAUGUUACACCUCUCCCAAGGUGUCGGAGCGUUACACCCUCCGUAAGCCAUUUGUACGACGGGGUCAGGUCUGCUGCGUGUCACCAGGUGGAAUAUGGUUCUACCGAGUGGUGAUCCAUCAGAUCAUCAGUCCCACUCAAGUCGAGGUGUACUACGUCGACUUCGGUGGAAUGACUAUUGUGCAGAGCGACAACCUCAAGUUCCUCAAGUCAUGCUACUUGGUUCUUCCUGCACAAGCUGUUCCGUCAUCACUUGCUGGAAUCAAACCCAACUCUGGCAGCUGGACUGCUGAGGCCACUGCUUGUUUCCAGAAGCUGUGCUCUGAUCGCACCCUGGUGGGGAUUACGUGUUGUAACACUGGAGAUGUGCUGCAGCUCUACCUGUGUGACACACUUACUGCUGACAACGUCUACAUCCACCUUGCCCUGCUGAGCCAAGGACAUGGGACACAGUGCUGCCCUGCAGCCAGUGCAGCACUGUGUGUCCAGGUCAAUCCUGUGAGUCUCUACUUGGGGGAGGGAAAGUUUGACCUGCCGGAGAUAAAGGAGGAGAUGAUCUGCCCUGAGCCAGCAAACACUCCUGAGCCAUCCAUGUCAGCCACACUGAAGGUUGAAGAGGAAGAGCCGCCUGCCCUGGAGUGGAUUGAGGACAGUGAGGUCAACCAUCACGUCCAAGAUACACAGGCCGUCAACCCAUUCAGUGUUCUUCUGAAUGAACAAACACUCAGCUGUAGUGAAUUGGCCUUGGCCGUGACCAAUGAGUUUCCUCAUGCUAACUCUACAAGUCCUGCUACCAGUCCCCUCGUCCCUCCAGAUGUGAUCCAGACCAAGACAACCCCAGCUCACUGUAAAGCUGAUCUCACAAUGUUGAGCAAGACACCUCCAAGUACUUCCAGCAAUAAUUUGGGCUCCUGCUAUCAGACUCCUGGGGAGGAGCAGCACCAGCCGAAGAUCGCUGCCCCUUUAGUGGUCGCACCACCUCGGAUCCUGAGGACCCUCAGCCUCCAUACCCCUGACCUGGGCAAAAUCCAGAGCUGCAUUCAGGGUGCACCUGUGUCUCUGCUCCACAUACGUAACCCUGGCAUCAUGUUUCCUUUGUUUGGGGGCAGGUAGGUUUGAGCCUCCUGUAAUUAAUCUGAAACCAACUUCCAACUACCUGAAUGAGUCAAAACACAAAGGAAGCUUUAUUUACAGCAUAUUCUAAUAACUAUCACUGACCUGAAGGAAGUGUUAACAUAUUUUUUAUAAGAAGUUACUUUUCAUGUCAUUUUAAUCAUCUAGAUUAUUUGAACCUAGAAUAUGUUAAACUCUGUUAGUUUGUAGUUGCUGUAUUUGUUGCGCUUGUCGAACAAAAUACAGGAAAUGAAUGGUUGUUCUUUAACAGUGAAUAAGUUUGUCAGUGUUGUUUGUUAUAAAAACACUUUUUGUUUGGGUCAAGUGUUUUAUCCUUUUCUCAGAAGCCAUCAAGAUGCCCGUGAUGUAAUGAAUCUUAUUUUUUGAUUUCUUUUUGCGUGGUAAUAUUUUUCUGAUUAAGGUUAAAACAUUUCAAUAUUCAAACAUAAUGAACGUUACAGUCGUAUGUAAGUCAUGAAAAAUUUAAUUUUAGUUUGGGGAAUAAAUUUAUUAUGAAUGUUU